AUGUCUUUCAAGUAUCUGGCAGCUGCUCUUGCAGCUUCCGUCACAGUCUUGGCCGCAGACCUGCAGCUCGAUAUUGCUGUUGUAGCUGCAGCAGGAGCUCCGCCUACUCCGUCGAUUGCGCAAGAUGCACCAUCUCAGACUAUUCACUACGAUGCCGCUGCUAUCCAACAACAAGCUGCAGCGGAACAGAAGGCUGAUCCGGCAACGCCAGCGACCAAAUUCAAGCGUGCCGCAUGCGAUCCGCUGUGGGCUGGAAAGGGACCCAUCCCAAACCCAGAUACUUCCGAAGCAUUCCUCGACUUUGCUGAUCUCAGCAACGCUGCUCUUGCGGCGCCAACCCCAGCCGGUUACACUAACACCUUCAAGAACUUGAAAGCCAUGAACAAUGCUCUUGGCUAUAUGGGCUACGACUUGCUCGACAAAUAUGAUGCUGUGGAGUGCUCGAAGAAGUGCGAUGUCCGUGAUGGCUGUGCAGCUUUCAACAUUGCAUUCGAGCGUCAUCCUUCGAUUGACCCAUCUCCAAAAGGUGGUGCAUGUGACAACCCUCCGUCCACUACCCUCAUCAAGUGUGUCUACUGGGGAGGCCCCGUCACUGCUAGGAAUGCAGUCAACGAUGGUCAAUGGCGUACAGAUUUCCGUGUUGUCAUUGCUGGUAGCAACGGUUACGUCAACCAAACUGUGGACACCGUCCAAGGCUACACUGGACCCAACUUUCUCGGCAGUCGUGCAAUCUCUGCACCCAGUGACUGCAACGACAAGAGCACUUUCGUUGGCUUCCAGUACUGGAAUGAUGGCAAACCAUUCGAUGCCAGACGUUGCGGCGCAGCAUGCACAGCACAAACCAAUGCCAACCCAUCCGCUCCAUGCCGCUUCUUCAACACCUACGUGAUCAGCAAGAACCGACAGCCACAAGGUCAAUACUGCGCCAUGUACAAACAGACUUGGGAAGACAGCCACGCGACCCUAAGCAAAACUGCCUACCAAGGAUCCGAAUACGACAUCUCAUACUCCUACUCCUUCACCAACACAGCCAACAACGGCCUCCCUUGCAUCAAACAAGCCCAAAUCACUGGCUGCAGCAACCCAGGCACUUGCGGCUCCUACCGCCAAUGCAAUCCUUCCCAAAACUGCUACUGCGGCUACGACGUCACCCAGACUCAGACGGCAUGUUUCCAAGAUGCUUCAUGUAGCUCCCAAACUUGCAGCAGAAACUCGGACUGUAAGACGGGACAAAUUUGUCUUGAUGCGAGGAGUUGCUGCGGGUAUAGUAUCUGUAUUAACAACAGUGUCUGUGCGAAUGGAUUGAGUGCUAGAAUGAUCUUCAGGAAGAGGCAGCAGGAUGAGGAUGUGCUUACUGCUGUGCAUAUUCCUGGUGAGCCUAAGGGAGAGGAGCAGGUUUGA